AUGCCACGUCUAUCAGACGAGGUGCAGGAAGAGCACCUCUUGGGCGCCGAAUAUUCGGACCACGAAGGGGUGCUACCGAUGGACCCGUCCGAACCGUCGCCCCGUGCCGGCUUCCGUGCUUUCCAUAGACCUCCGCCGCCAAAAUGGAGGCGGCCCUCCUCCGGUGAUGGCGGUCUCGGCGGUGCUCUUGGCGGGAUGGUCUACAAAGCCGGCUCGCGUCUCAAUGCCGCCUUGGCUCCUUUCCGUGCCCGAUCGCCGCGUACCAUCAUCUUUAUGCUGGCUCUCCUCAAGUUUGCCAUUACUAUCAAGGGCAUGAUGCUCAUGCUUCCCAUGAUGAGGCUCAUCGAGGAUGACAUUUGCCAUAAGCACUAUAAAACUAGCCCCACAGAAAUGAUCCCGGAGAUGAAGUGCAAGGUCGACGAGGUGCAAAAGCAGCUUGCUUGGUUGAGCGGGUGGCAGUCUCUCAUCGGUGCCGUCGUCAACUUCCUCGUCGCUUUUCCUUAUGGCGUCUUGUCAGAUAGCAUCGGCCGGAAGGCAGGCCUAGUCUUCGCCUACAUUGGCACUGUCGCCGCCUUCAGCUGGUCCCCUUUCAUUCUGGCCAACUUCCCCGAGCUGAGCAUCUACUACCUCUUCAUCGGUUCCUGCUUCUUCUUUUUCGGCGGCGGUAUCGUCGUUGUCUUCAACAAUGUCUACGCCAUGGCCGCCGAUAUCAGCACCGAAAAGGACCGCGCCUCAAACUUUGUCAUCCUGUCCGUUGGCGCCGUGGUGGGUGGCGUUAGCGGCCACGUCUCCGCCGGCUUCCUCAUGGAGAAAUUCGGCCCCUGGGUGCCGAUUCGUAUGGUGUUCCUACUCACACCGUUCGUCUUCCUCAUCAUCAUGCUCCUACCCGAGACUCUCCGCGUCAAGCUCGACAACGGGCACGAACCGCCGAAACCGCAGCUGCCGCUGGGCGACGCCAUCAAGGAAGGCUUUUUCAAGGGGCUGGUUCAGCUUAAGGACUCUCUCGCGAUCCUUAGAAACCGCAAUAUCCUCCUCUGCCUUGUGCCCUCCAUCGUCGGCAACCCCAUCAUGACGGCAAACUCCUCUACACUACCGCAGUACGUGAGCAAGAACUUUGGCUGGACGCUCGCCCAAACCAGCUUCCUCCUCUCCCCGCUGGGCUUUCUACACCUCGGCACCCUCGUUCUCCUCCCAUGGGUCUCGAAAAUCGUCGUCGACCCCCGCGGCCGCUUCCGCCGCACCGGCUUCGGCAAGGACGCCCUCCUCGCCAAGGCAUCCUACAUCAUGAUCGCCGCCGGUGCGCUUCUCGAGGCCUUUAGCAGGGAGAUCGUCGUCUUUCUCCUGGGUCUCGUCUUCCAGACCUUUGGUUCGGCCCACAACCCGCUCGCGCGCGCCAUGAUCACCGAGUUUGUCGAUCCGGAGCACACGUCCCGGUUGUACGCGCUCACGAGCAUGGUCGAUACUCUUGGGUCUCCGCUCGGCGGACCGGUACUGGCGUGGGCCUUCUCGGUCGGACUUGAGAAGAAGGGACUAUGGAAGGGGUUGCCGUGGUUCUACGUUGCGUUCUUGGCGUCCUUGACGUGGGGGGCGCUGAUGCUUGUAGAAGAGCCGAGGAAGAAGGGACCCAUCCACUUAGAGACGGAGAGCAACCAAGAAGCACUAGACUAUGAGUCAGGGGCGGAGGAUUAA